AUGGGGCCGUUCAGCGAUCCGUCGGCGAAGGUCCUCAUGGAACGCGUAUCGCGCUGCAGUCUCUCCCGACACGACCAGAGGAACGAGCGUCUCCCCUCAGCACCCGAACACGCAAAGGAUGCAGCCGCGGCAGCGGACGCCACGACCCCCAGCGGCACGUUCACUGUCUUGGGGUCACCUCUUCUUCCCACGGAGCAGCAGUCACUGCCACGUGAGCUGCAAAAUCCCUGCGCUGUCGUCGUGAGUCUAUGGAACCGCCGGUGCUUCGGCCUCGCGGUGCACAGCGUCGCGAUGGGCAUUGUCAGCACUGUGCUCCCGCUGUGUGUCUACCCGUUCCUGACGUGCCACCUCAACAUGGACGGCACGCAGACGCUGUCCGCCCGUGCGCUGCUCGGCCUGCCCUGGGCCCUCAAGCCCCUGUUGGCCCUGUGCAUCCAGUGCGCUCCGUGGGGCUCUGGCGUGCGCUACCGCAGUGCAAUGCACGUCGGCUGGAGCCUCACGGCCGCUGCGCUCGUGGCCAUCUUCUUCGUGCAGGACCAACCGACGCCGUACUUCAUCGACCGCACGCUGGUAGGAACGCCGCUGGACCGCCUGUCAAUGGCGCAACGGACGCGCGCGAUCAACGCGGACGCACCGUCGCAGGGUGCGGUGUACAUCCUGUUGAUGUCCGUUGCGUCGGUCGGGUACGUGUUCGCGGACGCCGCGGCCGACGACCUGCUCCCCGACGUGGCAGCGCACGUCUUUGGACCAUUGUCGGCUCGACCGGAAACCACAGCGCUCGAGACGGUCCUGACGGCGUACCGCGUGGGUGCGACGCUCGCGAGUCUCUUGUUCAUGGGCGUCGCACUGAGCGGCUCGGACUACGGCGGCGACUUUGGCUUUACGCUCGAGUACACGCAGGUGAUGCUCGUGACGGGCCUCGUGGCCACAGUGCCAGCGGUGCUGCUCGGCUGGACAGUGAGCGAGUCGGCGAGUGCGCGUCGGUCGGUCCGCCAGUCGUUUCGAGAGACGUGGGCCGUCGUGCGCGACCGCCGACUGCAUCGCGUGCUCUGCUGCCGCUUCGUUGGCGGCGUGUGCGCAGGAACGAGCGCGACGGCCGUGUACCCGGUCGCGUUCUACUACGCCGGCGUGCAGCCGCUCAAUGAUACGGUCGUGUCGUUCGUCGCGAUUGUCGUCGUGCUCGGCGCGCUCCAGUGGGUCCGCACGAAGGAAUGGGCCGUCGACUACCGCGCGGUCCUACUCGUCGCCACUGUCGCGACAUUGGCACUCGACUCGGGCGCGACGAUGUUCACGACGUGGGACGUCGUGCGUAGCCAGUGGCUCUGGAUCGGUCUGCCCGUGCUGGAGGCCAUGCCGUCGGCGCUGGACUACACGAUCACCACAGGUGUCGUGGCUGAGAUCGCGGACGAGAGGGCGCAGGCGGUCGUACGGGGACUGGUGACGAGCGUAGCGUUCGUCGCGGGUCCGAUGGGCGUUGCAGUGUCAAAGUUCGUUGACGCACAGGUAAACGUGACGAACGAGGCCGUCAUGACCGACACAACGCGCGUGCGGACGCACAUUACGCUGACGUUUUGCAUUGCCUAUGCCAUGCAGCUCCUGGCACUGCUUUGGCUGGUGGCACUGCCAAAAGAGAAGGCACGCGAGUCAUUGCCACCACAGGCAGUAGUGAAAGCUCGUGGCGACAUAUCAACUGUUCGAGCGCUGGGCCUCUUUGCAGUGCUGAGCACGAGUUUCCUGUUCGUUGUGGCAGUGCACGCGCUGUCAGUGUACGGACCGACGUCGUGUCUCGUUCUGGCUGGAGGCAAAGGGUGUUAG